AUGUCUCCAGAUCGAGUAGCUGAAGAACUAAAUCAAGGUAUCAACAAUGGAGAAAUUGCUGGUUCUGGUUCUUUCGUUUUGCCCUCUAAUACAGUCUCAUCAUCUCAAGGUAUUGAUUACAAUCAUCCUCUGUUUCUUAGUCCUACUGAUGUGAGUGGUGUUAGCCUUAUCUCUUUUCAAUUACUUGGCAUUGAGAAUUAUACAUUGUGGAAUCGAUCUAUUACACUAGCUCUAUUGGGAAGAAAUAAAAUAGGAUUAGUGGAUGGAUCCUGUAGAAAUGAAGUUUAUGGUGAAGAACUGUGGGGGCAAUGGGAGAGGGUAAAUGCAAUUGUGUUGUCUUGGUUAAUGAACUCAGUCUCUAAGAGUCUUCUUAGUGGUGUUGCUUUUGCUUCGAGUGCUUUGCAAGUCUGGAAUGACUUGAAAGAGAGAUUUGAUAGAGUAGAUGGCUCUAGAACCUAUAGUCUUCACAAAGACAUUGUAACAAUGCAACAAGGUACUAAUUCAGUUUCUGAGUAUUAUACAAGACUUAAAACCUUGUGGGAUGAGUCUGAACUUUUAGUGCCUGCACCUUGUUGCAACUGUGAUAAAUCGAAAGGAUUUGUGGCUCACAUGAAUAGGCAGAAGUUGUAUCAGUUUUUGAUGGGGUUAAAUGAGUCCUUUCAACAAGCCAGAAGUCAGAUUCUGAUGCUAAAUCCUCUACCUACUAUUAAUCAUGCUUAUGCUAUGAUAGUAGGAGAUGAAAGCCAAAAAGCAGUGAUGUCUCACAGCAAUAGCAUGGGAAUGAACACAGUUAGUGCUGACUCUGUGGCUAUUUCAGCUGUCAAUUUUCAAGAGUUGUCUGAGCCAGCUUAUGUAUCUUAUAAUCCUGAGCAUGAAGGUCCUGAGCAUGAAGGUCCUGAACCUGACCUUGCAAAUCAGGAGUUUGAACAAUUUGGAGAUUCAGAACCUAUCCAGCAUAUGCCUGAGAAUUCAGCUGAUAACUUGACUGCAGUUUGUGAUCCUUUAGCAGAACCAAGAUCAGGUAGUUCUUCUUCUGGUAAUGACACCCUUAUGAAUUCUAGUCAAGAGGGUCAGCUGGUUGUUGUAUCACCUGAGAUCAGAAGGUCCACUAGAGCUAAGCAGUCUCCUGCUUGGCUGACUGAUUUUGUUACACAAAAGGCAGUGAAGUAUCCUCUGGGAAAUUAUGUGAGCUAUAACCAUCUCUCCUCCUCUUAUCAGUGUUAUAUUGCUGCUUCUUCCUCACUGAAGGAACCUAGUACAUAUUCUGAAGCUGUGACAGAUCAAAGGUGGAUAGAUGCUAUGCAGUUGGAAAUUCAGGCAUUAGAAAGCAACAAUACAUGGGUGGUUACUGAUCUUCCCCAAGGAAAGAAACCUAUAGGUUGCAGAUAG